GAUAACUCCUCCUUUAUAUUCCAGUACAGGUUUGUUCGACUAUUGUGAAUGGUUGAAAGGAUUGUGUUUCGUAUUGGUUUAGACGGACUCUGGUAUUACGUUUUGAUUCGUUGGUCCACAUUGCCCGGUGUCCGGGUAAAAUGGCGUCGGAAGAAUACUGCUCGGUACCACCUCGAUGGCGGUCGAUAUCACUAACCCACGUAGAGUUCCCUGCUGGUGAUCUGACGGGACAAUUGUUGGCCUACACCAGCCUGCUACCCGUAGUGAUCCUUGUGGGCUUUGUCACCCUCAUAGUGUUCAAGCGUGAACUGCACACGAUCUCCUUCUUCGGUGGGCUCGUACUGAACGAAGGGGUGAACUGGCUGCUGAAGCAUAUUUUAAGGGAGCCCCGCCCAUGUGAAGGAGCUCACGCAACCCUGACCACUGAGUAUGGGAUGCCCUCCAGUCAUUCCCAGUUCAUCUGGUUUUUUGUUGUUUACUUCUUGCUUUUUCUUUAUUUAAGAAUGCAUCAAACGAACAACGCUCGCUGUGUGGAGCUGCUGUGGAGACAUAUACUGUCCAUCACCUUGUUAGGUGUGGCCUUCUCCGUGUCAUACAGCAGGGUUUACCUGUUGUACCACACCUGGAGUCAGGUAUUCUACGGGGGAGUGACCGGUAGCACCAUCGGAGUAGUCUGGUUCUUCUUCACACAGGAGGUGCUGACACCGCUAUUCCCCAAGAUGGCAGCAUGGCCGAUAUCAGAGUUUUUUCUGGUGAGGGACACAAGCCUGAUCCCCAACAUCCUGUGGUUUGAGUACACGGUGACCAGAUCAGAGGCAAGAAACAGACAACGGAAGCUUGGAACAAAACUUCAGUGAUCGUAGCAGUUCCUUGGUGAAACUGAGUAAAGGACCACACACACACACACACACACACACACACACACUCUCGUAAAAAAACACACUGGAGAAUCAUCUUCUGGACUGACCUGAUUGCAAUGAAAAAAGGGCCAACCCAUUUUACAGGUGGACCUAAAGAGAGUGCCAGGACACGGCCCGGAGCCUGCAGCCUGAGCAAGUCCGUCCACAUGCCUCACUUGGUACAGCUUUGCCCAAAUGCUCCCCCGAUGCAUAAAAAACCGUGAAAGAGGCAUACUAUUUAAUGACAAAUUAAUAUAUACUUUAACCGUAAACUCACACACAGACAGGAACCAUUUACUGUAAGAAAGAUUUUCAGAAACCAACGGAGGGCUAACAAAACAUUGGCUGGUGUUAAUACACCAUGACGUGUCACUUUUUUGUUUAGAGUUUGCUGGUGGGGAGAAAUAUGAGAUUGGUGGGGUAAACGCUUGUUUUUUUGGGGGGGUCUUAUAUUACAGAAAAGAGAACCAUUUUUAAAACUCUGGUGUAACGUGUAAUACAUAAACAAAUGUGUACAUUGUUAAAAUUAAAGUGAAAAG